ACAUGAGAGCAGGGAGCCAGGGAGCAGUAUUCUUAUUUGAUGCUUUUUCUCUCCAUCUCAUCCGCCGAAAAUCUUCACUGCUGUAAUUGAAAUUUAUAACCUACUUUCAUAUAUAUCUUCAACGCCAUCUUUUGAUGCUGUUUCAUACUACUACAUCACUAAAUCAACGCCGACUUCCGAUUGCUCUCAGAAACCCUAAUUUUUAAACAGGAUUAAUCAAACCUAAAGGCGCAGAUUAACCAAGCAAUCAGAACUAGAAUUAAAGAAAGGCUGGGUAGGAUCUGGCCGGACUUACAAGUUCAGACCAUUUUCAUCCCGUCUUAAUUUAUUUGAGCCCAGCCCAGCCCAGCCCAGCCCAGCCCAGCCCUUAUCCGGCCCAUUGAACGCCCCUGUGUACAUAUAGGAAAUUGUACGGAUGACCAUGUGAUUUGGAUUUUGGCGUGUCAUUUUCUUUUUUGUGCAGCUUUCCUGCAAAUUUAGUGUGUAUGGCUCGGCGAGGAAAUCAACCAAAAAGGGAAAUUAAUCAGUCUUCUUCAAAAACUAAAUUAAAAGAGCCUGAUGAGCUUUUGGGUGGUGAACCUCUUAACUCCUCUUUGAAAGAAGCUGCUAAUAGGACCUCUGUUCAAGGGGAUGGGAGAAAAAAGAACAAAAAAUCUAAAAAUGUGCCCAAGAAAGAUGAACCAAAGGUGUAUAGUGCGGAUGCUGGGCCCUCUAUCUCUGAGAUUAAAGCUUUUGGAGAGUGUAUGGAAAAUCUUUCAAGGGACUGCAAUAUGUCAUGUGUGGGUGAUCUUAGCUCAGAAAGUCACAAUGGGUCUUUUAAUCAUACUGUAAAUGGAUCUCAUGCAGCUGGUAGGAAUGAAAGGCAGUUUUUCCAUAUUGUGGUACUUGAAAGCCUUAGACAUUCUACACUGUCGAUUUUAAGGACAUCUCGUGGUUGGCUUGAAAGACAGAAGCCCGUUUUGACUGCUUCAAUGAGAAACGUUUACAUAAUUUAUGAUUACAUGCAUUUGAAAAUAUUUCAGGCGUACCCAAUUGUUUGGAAGUGGCUUUUCCAUCUGGGUAAUAUACUAUUGUUGGUAUCAAUGGUUUGGUUGGAUUGUGCUUUUCGUGGCAUGGAUUCCUUUCUAAGGAUGGGAACAACUUCCUUUUUUACUAUUAUAUGGUUCAGCAUUCUUUCAGUUAUUGCAAUGAUUGGGAAGUUUAAAUUCUUGCUGGUGUUGGCUUUUGCUGCAUUGCUUGGAUAUUUUGUGGGUCUGAUCAUUGCAUUGCUGAUCGUUGCUUUUGCUGGAGCCAUUUUUCUAUGGCUUUAUGGAAGUUUUUGGACCACCUCCCUUAUCAUUGUUCUUGCAGGAUUGGCAUUUAUGCUGAGCCGCGAGCGCAUUGCCUUAUCUAUCACCACUUUGUAUUCAUUGUAUUGUGCUUGGACAUAUGUUGGAUGGCUUGGGGUGCUUUUGGGUUUUAAUUUAUCAUUCAUUUCAAGUGAUGCACUCAUAUACUUUCUGAAAAAUAACAUAGAUGAGCAGAGAAGUAAGCCAUUCGAGCGACCAGAUGGUGCUAGGGGUGAUCAAAGAUUUUUUAAUGGUGAAGCACACUUCCAUUACUCGAACGCUGGUUCAGGCCAGUCAACAGAUCGUAGUCCUGGAGUUGCUUCAACCAGUGGGGAUGAUUCUGAGUUGACAUCUGAAGAUGAAGUUGUUCGUUUGUUAAAUUGUACUGAUCACUAUUCAGCAUUGGGCUUGUCCCGAUACCAGCAAGUAGACGUGUCUGUACUAAAGAGAGAGUACAGGAAAAAGGCUAUGCUUGUUCAUCCUGAUAAAAAUAUGGGAAAUGAGAAGGCUGCGGAUGCCUUUAAGAAACUUCAAAAUGCAUAUGAGGUCUUGUUGGAUUCUUUGAAACGAAAAGCAUAUGAUGACGAACUUAGGAGAGAAGAAUUGCUGAAUUAUAUUUACCAAUUCCAGGGUGCUUCUCAUAAGAAUGGACAACGUGGCUUCUUCCCUAAUGGCUUUGCACGUCCAGAGGGUGAUGGAGAAGACACUCUAGAAGAAGCAAGAAGAAUUGCAUGCAAGAAAUGUGGUAGUUUCCAUGUAUGGUUCGGGACCAAGAAAUCUAAAUUAAAAGCAAGAUGGUGUCAGGAUUGUGAGGAUUUUCAUCAAGCGAAAGAUGGAGAUGGAUGGGUUGAACAGUCUUCUCAACCUUUGCUUUUUGGAAUACUGCGGAAGGUUGAUGUUCCUGUUGCUUAUGUUUGCGCCGAUGGCAAAGUAUAUAAUGCCACUGAAUGGUAUAUUUGUCAGGGAAUGAGGUGUCCAGCUAACUCACACAAACCAAGUUUUCAUGUCAACACUAGUGUAAUGAAGAGCAAUGGAAAAGGGUCUUCACAAAGAGGUGGCGGGGCAACAGCAUCAAAUAUGGAAGAAAAUAUGACCGAAGAAGAGUUCUUCGAGUGGCUACAAAGUGCUGUGCAAUCAGGAAUGUUUGAGAACUCUGGUGGAGUGAAUCCGAAUGAGAGUUCACAAACAAGUUCCAAAAACAGCCCGAAAACUGGUAAUCCGAAUACUGGUGGUGCGGGUAGCAGUAGCCGUAGAAAGAAGAAGGGUAAGAAGCAGUGGUAAACUUAAGCUAUCGCAUCUUAGUACUGAAUCCCGACUUCCAUAAGUGAGUGGGAGCGACAAAGUACAUUUAAGAGUUUCGACUUACUGUUUACCCAGAUCUUGUAAUGUGAUGUGAAAAUGUACACUGCUAUUGAAAUAGCUGUGCAUAGGUUGUAUAGUUUCUAAUUCCUAUUGUCUGAUGGUAUUUUAAAUGGUCAUAAACAACAAAAUGUAAAAAAUGGCAAAUGGGAAUUCAGUUUUUUCUCAGAAUCUUUUGAUCAACAUGGCAAAAUUACAGAAGAAUUCCUUGGCUGAGCCAAUUGAAAAUAUUUAUGCUGAAACUGUUCUACUCCUCAAAUCCUCAUAUGACAAUUUAAGCCAU